CGCAGGCACCUCAUCGGGGUUUGAGACGCAGCCCGUGUCCCGCUUCCAAUCUCGGAAAGCGCACUGGUUCACCUGGAUGCCGUGAUUUUCUUUCCUUCCACUCAUCGCACCGCCAAAACAGACGCGUUAAAAAUGGCAGGAGCAAUAAUAGAGAACAUGAGCACCAAAAAGUUGGUGAUUGUGGGAGUCAUUCUGCUUUUAUUCCAGGCGUUCUCCUUUAUGGUCGGAGGACUGAUUGCUCCGAGCCCUACAACAGCCGUCCACUACCUGGCCACCAAGUGCGUGGAUGCUGUAAAGACCAGCGAGAAGGAUGAAUGGUUUAUGCCUUGGGGUCCUGACCAGUGCAGUAAGAUCAGAGACUUUGAAGAGGCCACGGCCAAGAGAAUCGAGGCCAAUAACAUUGUGUUUGCAGUCCACAUUCCUUUACCACACCGAGAGAUGAGUGCUUGGUUCCAGUUCAUGCUGGUCAUCCUCCAGUUCGACAUUGCCUUCAAAAUGCAUAAUCAGAUUGAGGAUGGAGCUAUGGCCACAAUGGAUGUUCGUCUGGCUUAUAGGGAUGACCUUAUGGGUUCGUGGACUGAGAUGGCCCACUCCAUAGAGCAUCGUAAACUAAACUGCAAUUUCACCACUUCUAAGACCCCUGAAAAUGACGGACGCUACUAUGAGUGUGACCUUCUGCCCUUCAUGGAGGUCGGCAGCGUUUCCCACAAGUACUAUCUUCUCAACAUCAGACUGCCUGUCAACGAACGCAAAAAAGUCAAUAUCGGGAUUGGAGAAAUCAAAGACAUCCGACUAGUGAGCAUUCAUCAGAAUGGUGGAUUCACGAAGGUGUGGUUCGCUAUGAAGACGUUCCUUACUCCCAGCAUCCUCAUCAUCAUGAUCUGGUAUUGGAAAAGAAUCACCCAAAUGACCAGACCACCAGUUCUAUUGGAGAAGAUUAUCUUUGCACUUGGUAUCUCCAUGACCUUCAUCAAUAUUCCAGUAGAAUGGUUCUCGGUUGGCUUUGAUUGGACCUGGAUGCUGUUGUUUGGUGACAUCCGUCAGGGCAUCUUCUAUGCCAUGCUGCUUUCGUUUUGGAUCAUCUUCUGUGGAGAACAUCUUAUGGACCAGACAGAAAGAAACCGUUUGUCUGUGUACUGGAAGCAAGUUGGACCCAUUGUGUUUGGGUCUUUCUGCCUCUUUAUCUUCGACAUGUGUGAGAGAGGAGUACAGCUAAAAAAUCCCUUUUACAGUAUUUGGGCAUCAGAUGUUGGGACAGAGCUGGCUAUGGCCUUCAUCAUUGUGGCGGGAAUCUGUGCAUGUCUCUACUUUCUGUUCCUGUGCUUCAUGGUAUUCCAGGUGUUCAGAAAUGUUAGCGGGAAAAGGUCAGCCUUACCUGCUAUGACAAAGGCGCGUCGGCUGCAUUAUGAGGGCCUGAUCUUCCGGUUUAAGUUUCUGAUGUUGGUCACGCUGGCAUGUGCUGCCAUGACUGUUAUUUUCUUCAUCAUAAGCCAGGUAAAUGAAGGACACUGGCACUGGGGCGGUUACACAGUUCAAGUCAACAGUGCAUUCUUCACUGGCAUUUAUGGCAUGUGGAACCUCUAUGUGUUUGCCCUUAUGUUUCUGUAUGCACCGUCUCACAAACGUUAUGGGGAUGGCCAGUCAAGCGUAGGUGAUCAGGGUGGAAACAGUGGUGAAGACAUACAACUAACCACCACCAUCACACAUUCGGAUGGACCUACAGAGAUCUACAAAAUGACAGGCAAAGAAGCUCAAGAGUAACAAUUCUGUUGGCCCUUCAAGAUUUCUUAAACCCCUCAGACGUUUGAACAGUACCUUUGUUGGUGCACUGUGUGGUCCCUCUAAUUUCAAACACAAAUGUAUAAAUGCUAAGCCCCCAGGUCAUGAACAAAUCAUGUCACCUGUAAGACUAUUUCCUUGUUAUUUAGACAAAGAACUGCUGCUUGUGCCGAGUUGUAGAAAAUGAGUGUUGUACAUCUUGCAGGAGUUGGGAAAGUUAUUCAGUUCAGAUUGUACUGUGGAUUGGAAAAACACUGACACAAGGACCAAUACAAAAUAUUUCUUAAAAAACAGGGAGGGCAUGGAAACAAGGUCUAUUUUUUUGAAUAAUGCAGCAAUAAGUAUUCCUGUUAAAGUAUUUUGUAGCUGUUUUUCUCUUAGGUCUUUGUCUGUUUGAAGGUAUUUUUGUAAUGUAUUUACAAAACAUGAAUACAAAAGGCUUCUGUCUCUCUCAACAUACUAUAUAGGUAUGUGUUUCUGUUGGUUCCUCAUCUGACUUCCUUAAACACUCCCAACAAAAUGUAAACACACUCCCAGGCAACCCGUAACACCAAUGACUGAGUUUAAAGGUCAUCCACGAACAAUCUGUCGGAUAACUUAAGAUACACACAGAUAGAUUCAGGUAUACACAGCCUGAAUGACAUACAGUAUGUUCAUCAUGUUACAAUGUAGAUAUAUAUUUUUUAUAAAAUGCUUAUAGCGUGUAUGAAAACUUUAGAUGUAUAUCACUGUGUUGGUAAAGAAAUAUAAUUUGUACAAUUGUAUCACAUGUGGAAAUCUAGGGUUUUGGUCUGUCAUGCUUUUUAUGCUAAUUUAAAAUAAAAAUGGUUUGGAUCGGUU